ACUACUUAGUGUGCCGCCAUUUUGGUGGUGUUGUCUGAUUACUCAUUGGCUAAUGUACACAUCUUUUCUCUAAGGAAAUACUCGUAUUUUACUUCUUUGCAUUUUGGUUAAUACCAAUGAUAUUUGUAGAGUACUAGUUAGUAGGAAGCCAUAGACUAUAUGUGUUGUUAUCUAUCCAGUAGACUGACACAAAACAUCAAAAUGAAGGUUAUGCUGUUGUUAUCUAUAGCGUUCGUUGAACUUGUGCAUAAAAUUUAUUGUGAGACCAGACCACCCAAAAUAACAAAACAAGGACCAAAGGAUAUUUUGUACAAAGUCAAUGAAAUGGUGAAGAUUGAAUGUGAAGCCAGUGGUGAGCCAGCUCCAUCGUACACCUGGAAAAGAGCAGACGCAGCCUACUCGCCAGAGGGGAACGAUGAAAGAGUGGUCUUACAGAAAGCUGUUGGUACUCUCAUUAUUAAUAGUCCUGAAGAUAAAGACGAAGGCAUCUAUCAAUGUUUUGCCUCCAAUAGUUUUGGAACUGCGGCUUCAAUCAAGUUUAACUUACGAAUGGCCAAAUUGGAACCGUUUGCAAGCUCAGCUCCUAUAUAUCAUCGACCACAUUUAGGAGAUUAUUUGAAGUUGAACUGUUCUUCACCAAACAGUGUUCCAGAUGGUCAAGUCACCUGGACAGUAUAUGACCAAGGAACUUAUAAAGCUGUCAUAUGGGACUCAAGAGUAACUGUGGACUAUGAUGAUAACUUACAUUUUGUGUAUGUGUCAUCUGAGGAUGCCAUGGGAGGUAAAUCCUAUCACUGUAUGGUAAGCAAUAAACUGAUGAGAAUGUCAGUGAUCGGACCUCCUAACUACAUCAUACCUACAGGAACGCAAGCAACAUUGUCUACAAUGACAAAAGUCUGGCCAACAUCGAAGUUUGACGACACAGGACUGCUUGGUGCUGACUGGAAAAUCAAGUGUAUAUUUGCAGGAAACCCACCACCAAGUAGUGUCACAUGGAAGAAGAAAGACAGCGAGCCAUUGGAAAAUAACAACAGAGUUCGUUUAGGAAACAGUGGGGGCCAAGAACUGAUCAUUCAGAACUUACAAAUGACAGAUGCAGGAGUAUAUCUAUGCGAUGCUAACAGCGAACAAGAAGCAACUUUGUUAGAGAUGUCUUUUCGACUAUCUAUCAAUGCUGCUCCCAGAUGGGUGUCAAAACCAACAGAUGUUACAUUGAUAGAAACAGGAGAUGCCAUGUUUGAAUGUCUGGCAGUCGGCACACCAAAUGUUCAACUAUUCUGGUUCAUCAACGGCAUGCCAUUAGAAGAUGCGCUAAAAGCUGACUCACGACUAGACGAACGCUUUCACCAUGUCAUGGACAGUCCGAUCUAUUUUAGCAAUGUCUCUCGCUCUGAUGCUCUUGUAGUUCAGUGUAACGUCACCAAUAUUCACGGAUACUUGUGGGCUGAAGCAACUCUCAAUGUUCUUGCAGCGGAAGCCCCCACUAUCUUAAAAGGACCAACAGAGUUACGAGCUGCUGAGGGUCACUCUUUUCUCCUCCCAUGCCAAGUGACAGGAAAGCCUGACCCUACCUUGACCUGGUACAAAGAAAGCAUGCGCAUUACUGGCGGCAGAUACCUCGUUGGUCAGGAUGGAAGUCUUCAUGUACAGAAGUCAGUUUUGUCUGAUGCCGGAGUGUAUCGCUGUACAGCAAGUAAUACGUACGGUCAAGUUGAGGCAUCAGGUUCCGUCAUCAUUCGUAGGAAGACGUUAAUUGUACUUCAACCUAUGGACUUAGAGGUUCGAAGUGGAAUCAACGCCAAAUUUACAUGUUCUGGAACAACUGAUCCUGAAGAGAUCUCCACUAUGAGAACUAUUUGGAUGAAAGACCAUGAAGCAAUUCAAAUCGGCACACGUAUGUUCCUAAACAAACAGGAUAAUUCUCUGACAAUUAGUGGAACUGAACAAAGAGAUACUGGGACCUACACGUGUGUCAUUACUAAUGGUUUAGAUAACGAUACAGCCUCUGCCAGACUGGUUGUCACAGAUUUCCCCCUGCCGCCAACACAGCUAAAUAUUACAGAAUCGUGUGCAGCUGGUCAAAGUGCUAACCUGACUUGGAUGCCUGGAAGUUUUAACAACGCUCCAAUACAGUAUUUCACUAUAGAAUAUUCUACUGCCUUGGAGCCCAACCACUGGGUAUUCGCCACUCAAGUCAAACAAACCAAUGCAACUGCCUAUAUAGCUCUACCUGCUGGAAUGGACUUAAAAUUUAGAGUGACGUCUUACAACAAGAUUGGACCAAGUAGGCCCAGUGAACCUUCUACACAGUCAUGUGUCACAACUGAACAGGCUCCUGCUCAACAUCCCAAAAAUUUAAGAACCAUUGGUGAUCAACCAGGUCACCUUCACAUUCAAUGGACGCCAGUGCCACCAGAGCUCCAAGGAGGACGCGGGUGUUAUUAUAUAUUAUCACUGACAAGACUAGGUCAAGCGGAAAGUACUACAGAACAUAUCAAUAUCAAUGACUGUAGGCAAUAUGAACACAUUCAUUCUAGCACGGGAGCUUCAUAUCAGCCUUAUCAGAUAACAAUUAAAUCAGCGAAUCAAGUCAAUGAUUGUCCGCUCCAAGCUCCAACAAUUACUGGUUAUUCCGAUGAAGGGGCUCCCCAGAUUGUUCCUUUCGACCUUGAAACAUCGGACAUCACGUCAGAGCUGGUGACUUUUCGAUGGAAAUUUGACAGCAGAGAAAUUGGAAAAAAUGAUUCUCGAAUUCGUGGAGAGUUUCGAGGUUUUAAGAUACAAUUUUGGCUUCAAGGCUAUAAACAAGAAACUAUCAGAGAUGUUGACCUUCGUCCAGAUGACCUCGAAAAUCAGUUCAACAUUUAUAAUGCGUCCAUCAAACACUUGAUGCCUAACGCAAGACUAGAAGCUAGAGUUGCCUUAUUAAAUAAUUAUUUUGUCAGUGCUCCAUCUGAAACUAUUCAAUUCUCUACGCCAUCAGGAGUAUCUGGUCCUGUGCAGUACCUGGAAGAGAUGAAUAUUGCUGAUAAUCAUAUUAACCUGGUGUGGCGACCUCCACUAGACAAUCGAGGAGAUCUCGAUGGAUAUGAUAUUGGUUUUCAAGAAGUUCAUGGCUUAUAUCUUGGAGAUCUUCAAGAGAGACAACCUCAAAUAGAUGACCCUUUUGCAACGACCGCCAUGUUGCCUGGACUACUACCUAAUACUAAAUACAGGAUCCAUAUUUGGCCACGCACAUCAGCUGGUAGAGGAGAAGGAUUUUACAUUGAGAGAACUACAACAGCUCCUGGAGUACCAAAUAUUCCAAGAUUUUCUAUUGUAGAAGUUGGCCGAGACUUUAUCAACGUCAGUUGGUGGAGGGACCCUUACGUCUCUUCUGGAAGUGUGAUAGGAGUGGAGUUUAGAAAAGAAGAUGGAGCUGACUGGUUGAGUACAAGUCCUGAGGUGUCACAUGAUUGGGUUCAAAUUAAAGGCCUUCAACCUGGCUUUACUUACGUUGUUCGAAUCGUUGCCACAACUGGCCUCAUCCGUAGAAUAUCUCAAGAAGAGCAAGUCAGGACAGACGGUACAGCGAAAGCCUACGACAUCAGCGAUAAUUUAGGAUGGUUGCUCUCUAUGCUUGCCUCCCUUGUGGUGUCUAGUGCACUUCUGAUUGGCUUGUGGGUUUGCUAUCACAGAGGAUUUACAUUUAAGACUCAACAAGAAGAGAUUGACGUCACAACAUAUCGUGUGGGAGAUGAGACUUACACUGGUACACAAUAUAACACUGAAGAAAUUUCUUCCCAUUCUAAAGAAAGACAGGAACCUGUUGGUCAUAUUAAUUUAAUCUAUCACGACACAUAUAGAAAUGAUUCCGACUGGGAUGAUGAUGUCAGCAUGCCAGAGACCUUAGAACAGGAGAGUGUUGAUGCUAGGCACUACCGGUCCCCAAAACAAUUGAAAGCAUCAGACGACUAUGAAGAAAUGGAUCUACAGACAAACCAGGUCCUGAGGGAUGAGCAGAAUUAUCCACACAGGUUUCGGACAUCUCGUUCUAGCAUUGAACGGAAUGAUGUGUAUUCUGAACCAAGUCAAUCUGAAGAAAACUAUCAUGAAGACAAACCUAACAUUUCCUCCCACGCACACAGUACAUUAGUUUAACAUUUCCUCCCACGCACACAGUACAUUAGUUUAACAUUUCCUCCCACGCACACAGUACAUUAGUUUAACAUUUCCUCCCACGCACACAGUACAUUAGUUUAACAUUUCCUCGUAAGCACACAGUACAUUAGUUUAACAUUUCCUCCCACGCACACAGUACAUUAGUUUAACAUUUCCUCCCACGCACACAGUACAUUAGUUUAACAUUUCCUCCCACGCACACAGUACAUUAGUUUAACAUUUCCUCCCACGCACACAGUACAUUAGUUUAACAUUUCCUCCCACGCACACAGUACAUUAGUUUAACAUUUCCUCGUAAGCACACAGUACAUUAGUUUAACAUUUGCGCCCACGCACACAGUACAUUAGUUUAACAUUUCCUCCCACGCACACAGUACAUUAGUUUAACAUUUCCUCGUAAGCACACAGUACAUUAGUUUAACAUUUCCUCCUAAGCACACAUCACAUUAGUUUAACUAAGACCUACAUUGACAGUUUACAUGUUGCUGUU